AUGUCCAAACAUGCGCCCAAAACCGAGAAGCCCAAAAUUCAAAGCCCACCUGCUGAGUACGUGGGGGCGUACUCAACACCCUUUGGGCCUAGUACGCAUAGUGUACCAGCUUGCCUCCUCGAUUCAGUAAACAGAACAAACAUGGUGAGCGCAAACGACGAUGGCAAUGGUGGACAACGAAACAACACCACUAACCUGAAAAAACGAUCGUGUGGAUGCGUGAAAGAUGAUUUCCUCCCGGAAGAAUCAUUCCAAAGCUGGUCAAACUACGGGAAAGCUUUACGGGAAACCAAAACACGUCUCAAAGAUCGUAUUCUUUCCCGAUCAUCAGACCAGCUUGAACUCCAUGACAUGCGAGCUCGAAGCCAGAACGAAAUGAGAAAGACGUUAAACUGGUUUGACCUAAUUUGGUUCGGAAUCGGAGCAGUCAUGGGCGCCGGAGUUUUCGUUCUCAGUGGUGAAGCCGCCAGAGAUCUCGCCGGACCUGCUCUUCUCUUAUCCUAUCUCAUUUCCGGUUUUGCCGCUUUACUCUCUGUUCUCUGCUACACUGAAUUCGCAGUCGAACUUCCGGUAGCCGGUGGCUCAUUCGCUUACCUAAGAGUUGAACUCGGUGACUUCAUCGCUUACAUUGCUGCCGGAAACAUCUUAUUCGAAUACGUAGUUUCCGGCGCCAGUGUCGCACGUUCCUGGACUUCAUAUUUUGCAACUUUAUGCAAUCAUCAUCCUAAUGAUUUCCGUCUGAACGUCACAACAUUAACAGAGGGUUUCAACCACUUAGAUCCAAUAGCAGUCGGCGUUUCAAUUCUCAUUUGUCUCCUCGCAUCAUUCAGCAUCAAAGGCUCAUCGAGAUUCAACUCCAUCGCAACCAUAAUCUACAUGUCUCUAAUGUUGUUCAUGCUUGUAGCGUUGGGCACAAAAGUCAACACAUCAAACUUCCAACCUUUCACUCCGUUCGGUGUCCGGGGGAUUUUAAAAGCUUCAUCGGUGCUUUUCUUCGCAUACGUCGGGUUUGACGGUGUUGCUACGCUCGGAGAAGAAACGAAGAAUCCGGGUACGGAUAUUCCGAUCGGGUUAGUCGGAUCUAUGACGAUCGUCAUCACGAUUUACUCACUUCUCGCCACCGUUUUAUGCCUGGCGCAACCGUACAACCAAAUCGACAGGGACGCUCCUUUCACGGUGGCUUUUCAGGCGGUGGGAAUGAAUUGGGCGAAGUAUAUAGUUGCGUUUGGCGCUUUAAAAGGGAUGACGACUGUUCUUUUGUCGAAUCUUAUAGGGCAAGCUCGGUAUUUCACACAUAUUGCUCGGACCCACUUAGCGCCACCUAUUCUGGCGGUGAUUCAUAAGAAACGUGGAACGCCGAUGAACGCCACCAUCAUCAUGACAGCGGCGAAUUGUUUAGUAGCGUUCUUCACAAGCCUUGACAUUCUCGCAAACCUUCUUUCGAUCGCGACUCUGUUUAUCUUCUCUCUGGUGGCUAUCGCGUUGAUUGUGAGAAGAUAUUAUUCCACCGGAGUGACGUCAGAUUCCGAUAGAAACAAGCUGAUUGUGUUUUUGAGUUUGAUUAUCGCUUCGGCUGUGGGUGGCGGGACUCUGUGGUUCUUGAAUUUGAAUAGUUGGGUUGGAUAUGUUAUUGUGGGUGGGGUUUGGUUUUUGGCGACGGCGGGGCUGCAGGUGACAGUGAAGCAGGCGAGGAAGCCGAAGCUGUGGGGAGUUCCGAUGGUUCCAUGGUUGCCGGCGGCUAGUAUUGGUGUUAAUUUGUUCAUCAUGGGGUCGAUCGAUGGAGCAUCGUUCUUGAGGUUCUUGGCGUGGACUGGUUUGUUGCUGGUAUACUACUUUCUUGUUGGAUUGCAUGCUUCGUAUGAUGCAUCAAAGGGUGGUGGUGGUGAUGGUAACAAGACGGAUGUAGAAGGCGGAGGAGUGUCGGCUACUUCUGAAGCUGAACUGAGCACGAUAACUACUAGCAGUAAAUGAAUUCUCGCUUGUUUUGUUUUUACUUUUUACAGUUUUGGUUAAUUUUAUUGACUUUUGGAAUCGUAAAUGUAACCCACCACCGUCCACCAUGGUGGCCAUCAUCGGCCAUGGUCAUGACAUGCCACCGUUGUCACUACCUUUAAUUUGAAUUGCUAGUGUCGACCACCGUGAAGUGGCCCUUUGAUUGAAUGAACUGAAACUUUGGAAC